ACUAUAUAAUUCUUAAAAUUAACCUUCAAAAUUAAAGCUUAACCCGACCUACAUAUUCUACUCAUGCAAUUCAUGAUUUUUAUGAAUAAAAAUGUUAAAUAGGAAACGUUUUAUCUUAUCAAAGUUAAAACUAAAAGGACUGUGCUAUUGUCGAUUACUUUCAACACAAACAAAUGUGGGUGAAAUAGAAGUGCCUUUUUCAAAUGGAACAACAUUGAAAUUGUCAACGGGACGCUAUGCAAGGUUUGCAGAUGGGGCAUGUGUGGCCACAUUGGGAAACACCAGCGUGUUGGCCACCGUGGUUGCAAAGGCCAAGGCCAGUGCAGCCUCCUUUCUACCUCUUGUAGUUGACUACAGACAGAAGGCAGCAGCUGCAGGACGCAUACCCACCAAUUUUCUUCGGAGAGAGCUGGGGCCCACGGAGCGUGAGAUCUUGACAUCGCGGCUAGUGGAUCGCUCGGUGCGACCGCUCUUCCCGCAGGACUUCACGAGCGACACGCAGCUGGCGUGCAACACGCUCGCAGUCGACGGCACCAACCCGCCCGAGACGGUCGCCAUCAAUGCGGCCAGCGCCGCCCUCGCUCUAUCCGACGUUCCCUGGGAUGGACCUAUCGGGGCGGUUAGGUUGGGACAGAUAGACAACGAGCUGAUCGUGAACCCGACGCGGCGCGAGCUGGAGCGCUCCAGUCUGAACCUGGUGGUUGCGGCGGCCAGCGGGAAUCUGGUGGUGAUGCUCGAAGGCGGCGCCAACGACGUGCUGCAGCAGGACCUGCUCAAGGCCAUCAAACUAGGUGCGAAGGAGGCGCAGCACGUGGUGCGCGCCAUCGAGCGGCUGGCGAGCGCGCACGGCAAGCGCAAGCGCGCGUACGCCGCGCCCCCGCAGCUGCCCGGAGACGUCGCGGACGCCCUGCGCGCGCUCUGCACCAUGAAGAUACGCGAGAUCCUCAGCGACUUCAGCCACGACAAGACGUCGCGCGACGCGGCGCUGGCCGAGCUGCGGCAGACGGCGGUGGCGCAGCUGCGCGACGCCGGCGACCCCGCCCUCCUCGUCGACUGCUUCAACGCCCACCUGCGACAGACCUUCCGCGACCUCAUCUUCGAGACCGACGUGCGCUGCGACGGCCGCGCGCUCGACGAGCUCAGGAAGAUCAACUGCGAGGUGUCGCUGUACGAGCCGCUGCACGGCAGCGCACUGUUCCAGCGCGGGCAGACGCAGGUGCUGUGUACUGUGGCCUUCGACUCGCCCGACAGCGCGCUCAAGCUGGACCCCCUCACCGCCAUCACCAGCGGCACCAAAGAGAAGAGCUUCUUCCUGCACUACGAGUUUCCGUCGUACGCGACGGGCGAGGUGGGCGGGGCGCGCGGGGCGGGGCCGGCGCGGCGCGAGGCGGGGCACGGCGCGCUGGCGGAGCGCGGCCUGGCCCCCGUCGUGCCCCACCAGCCCUACACCGUGCGCCUCACCGCUGAGGUGCUCGAGUCCAACGGCUCCAGCUCCAUGGCGUCGGUGUGCGGCGGCUCGCUGGCGCUGCUGGACGCGGGCGUGGCGCUGAGCGCUCCGGCCGCGGGCGUUGCAGUCGGCCUCGUGUCGCGCUACCAGGACGGCGCGCUGUGCGACUACCGCAUCCUCACCGACCUGCUGGGCAUCGAGGACUACAUGGGCGACAUGGACUUCAAGGUGGCGGGCACGAAGCGCGGCGUGACCGCGCUGCAGGCGGACGUGAAGACGGCCGGCCUGCCGCUCAAGGUGGUCAUGGAGGCCGUGCAGCGCGCCUGCGACGCCAAGGCGCGCGUCAUCGACAUCAUGAACAAGUGCAUCGACCGGCCCAGGCAGGACCGCAAGGAGAGCCUGCCGGUGACGGAGGAGCUGACGGUGGAGCCGCACGAGCGCUCGCGGGUGCUGGGCCCCGCCGGCAUCAACCUGAAGCGGCUGUACGUGGAGACGGGGGUGCAGCUGAGCGCGCUGGACGAGCGCCGGUUCUCGGUGUUCGCGCCGAACGCGGCCGCGCUGGCGGAGGCGCGGGCGCGGCUGGCGGGCUGGCUGAGCGCCGAGCGCGCGCCCGACCUGGAGUUCGGGGCGGUGUACACGGCGCGGGUGGUGGAGCUGCGCGACUGCGGGGUGAUGGUGUCGCUGCACGCCGCGCUGCCGCCCGCGCUGCUGCACAACUCGCAGCUCGACCACCGCAAGGUGCAGCACCCGUCGGCGCUGGGGCUGGCGGUGGGCUCGGAGAUCCACGUGAAGUACUUCGGCCGCGACCCGGUGUCGGGACAGAUACGUCUGUCGCGCAAGGUGCUGACGUCACCGCCGCCCGCCACACCGCGCAAACUGGACAGGAGCAGUUAGCGGCGCACAUCGCGACCUCGCGACCUCACGACCUCACGACCCCACGACCACGCAUCUGACGUUCGCUCCGGAGACAAAAGAUUGCAAAUUCCAAGAUAGUGAAUAAAUUAAAUGUGUAAAUAAUAA